GGGGGGCACCGGGACCGGGUGAGGCAGAGCGGGAGGCCCGAGAGUCCCGAGCCCUCCCGCCACCAUGUCGGCCGCCUUCAGGAAAGCCGCCAAAUCCGGGCAGCGCCCGCACCGCGAACGGGCACAGCCCGCCGCCCGGAGGAGGCUGGGGCUGCUGGAGAAGAAGAAGGACUACAGGCUCCGCGCAGAUGAUUAUCACAAGAAACAAAAUGCCCUCAGAGCCCUUCAGAAGAAAGCUCUGGACAAGAAUCCCGAUGAAUUCUACUUUAAAAUGAUCCGGUCGGAGCUCCAGGAUGGAGUCCACACAAUAAAGCAGCCAAAGGAUGAAGUGACCCCCGAACAGGUGAAACUGAUGAGGACACAGGAUAUUAAAUACGUGGAAAUGAAAAGAGUGGCAGAAGCCAAGAAAAUCGAGCGGCUGAAGUCGGAGCUCCAUCUGCUGGACGCCGAGGGGAAGAGUCCCAACAAACACACGUUCUUUUUUGAUACCAAAAAAGAAGUUAAGGAGUUUGACAUUGCAACUCAUCUGGAUACUGUCCCGGAGCUCGUGGGCAGAGUGUACAACAGACCCACCAUCGCAACGCUGCAGAAGGAGUCCCUAAAAGGAGCCACUGAACCUGCCCACUUGAAGAAAUUAGCCCAGCAGAGGAAGAAUCAGUACGACCUCCUGAAGCAGCGCAUUGAAAGAGAAAAGGCCAUGUUUGUUGUGGCCCAGAAAAUCCAGACACGUAAAGAUCUUGUGGACAAAACCCAUAAAGUAAAGGUGAAGAAAGAGACUAAAAAUAGUCCAGCUAUUUACAAAUUCAAAUUCCAGCGGAAACGGUAGCCUUUCUAUUAAGUAAUUGCUACCAUCUUUGCUUAGAAAAGAGGAUUCUGCUUAUGAAGAAGGACCCACAGACCCUCUCGGUUUGUUUCUCACUGCAGCCCAGUGGUGAAUUUGUUAAAACAAAUUGCUGUGAGCCUGCGGUAGCCAUAAAUAUAUUGUAUCUAAUUAAUUGAUUAAUAAAUCAGAGUUUGUUGUCUUGGUAUUUACA